CUCUCUGGCGGGUUUCCUUACGGACAUUUAACCUCUAUAUCCGGUGCUUCGGCGACCGGAAAAUCUCUUGUCCUCCUCCUUAUCCCCAUUCCGUUCGGCCCGUGGACUGACGAAACGUGAGAACAAAAAAUAGAUAGCAAUGCAUUCCCUGACCACCCACCUCCUACUUCACUGCAACUCUUCCGCCGCGUGGGUUGACACCCUGGGAACCUUCUCCCCAAGCCUCCUGCAGCAAGUCGUCUCAUCGCGGACAAACAAUGAUAGCAAAACCACAUCCAGCAUUCUCGACCGCGUACAGAUCAUGCGCGUCUUUGACAUCCACGGCCUAAUCGAAGCCGUAGACGAGCUCCGCACCGGCCACCUCGACCGUGAGAGGCACCAGCGCGUGGUAAACGAUAGCGAGGACGAAGCCUCUGAGGAGGAGGAACUCCCGCCAGAACCCUUCAACGGCACCCGAGCAAUAGUAAUAGAUACGAUAUCCCAGCCAAUAACUUCACUAAUGACUGCAGGCCCCUUACAAGCGCAGGCAAGUAUGGUAGGAGUAGCACGCUCCCUCUCAGACCUUGCGAGGAGGUACAACAUUUGCACGCUGUUACUCAACACCGCAGUUUCGAAGCCGACGAAAGGCCCGGACGGUGGACAACAGACAUAUACGCACACUCAGGAGGACAACCUCCCGAGUGCCUUUUCCGCCGCAGCGAGUAAGCCCGCUCUUGGGAAUGUAUAUGCGCAUUGCGUGGACGUUAACAUCCUACUC